AUGAGUGGGCUACCGGCCGCCAGGACUUGCCCGGGCCUGGGAGAGGCCUCCGACCUUAGGUUCCCUCUGGGCGCCAAGUUCAGGGAACCUCUCACCGAGGCUCGGUUCCAGCGACUCUUCGGGGACGCAGAGCAGGCACCGGAGCUACUCGCGGAGCCCCGCUCAUCCCGACUGUGCGGACGGUGGAGGCGGUGGGCCAGCGCUUGCUCCGGACCGGGGGCGUGGCGCCUGCUGCAGGCGCGGCUGCCCCCGCUGCGCUGGCUGCCCCGCUACAGCUGGCGGGCCUGGCUGCUCGGGGAUGCCGUGGCCGGGGUGACCGUGGGCAUCGUGCACGUGCCCCAGGGCAUGGCUUUUGCCCUCCUGACCUCCGUGCCUCCAGUGUUCGGACUCUACACUUCUUUCUUCCCCGUCCUCAUUUACACCUUGCUGGGUACUGGGAGACACCUGUCCACGGGGACUUUCGCGGUACUCAGCCUCAUGACGGGCUCUGCGGUGGAACGGCUGGUGCCCGAACCCCUCGGGGGUAACCUGAGCGGAAUCGAGAGGGAACAGUUGGACGCUCAGCGUGUUGGGGGGGCUGCGGCCUUGGCCUUCGGCAGCGGGGCGCUGAUGCUGGGCAUGUUCGCGCUGCAGCUCGGCGUCCUGUCCACCUUUCUGUCGGAGCCGGUGGUCAAAGCGCUGACCAGCGGGGCCGCGCUGCACGUGCUCGUGUCCCAGCUGCCGAGCCUUUUGGGGUUGCCCCUCCCGCGCCAGAUUGGCUGCUUCUCUCUCUUCAAGACGCUGGCCGCCGUGCUGACCGCGCUGCCCCGGAGUAGCCCGGCCGAACUGACCAUCUCGGCACUCAGCCUGGCGCUGCUCGUGCCGGUCAAAGAAUUGAACGUGAGAUUCCGAGACAAGCUCCCCACCCCGAUCCCAGGGGAAAUCGUCAUGGUGCUUCUGGCCUCUGUGCUCUGCUUCACCUCUUCCCUGGACACAAGAUACAACGUCCAGAUUGUGGGGCUGCUGCCUGGGGGAUUUCCCCAAGCCCAUCUUCCCAACCUGGCUGAGCUGCCCAGGAUCCUGGCUGACUCACUGCCCAUCGCACUGGUUACUUUUGCUGUGUCCGCCUCCCUGGCCUCCAUUUACGCAGACAAGUAUAGCUACACUAUUGACUCCAACCAGGAGCUCUUGGCACACGGCAUCUCCAACCUCAUCUCCUCCCUCUUCUCCUGCUUUCCCAACUCUGCCACAUUGGCCACCACCAGCCUACUAGUGGAUGCCGGUGGGAACACACAGCUGGCUGGUCUCUUCUCCUGCAUAGUCGUCCUGUCAGUACUGCUGUGGCUGGGGCCCUUCUUCUACUAUCUGCCCAAGGCUGUCCUGGCCUGCAUCAACAUCUCCAGCAUGCGCCAGAUGUUCUUCCAGAUGCAGGAACUUCCACAACUGUGGCGCAUCAGCCGCAUGGACUUUCUCCUCAAGGUCCCAGGACUCUGCAUCCUGAGAUACCCAACACCACUCUACUUUGGGACACGUGGGCAGUUCCGCCGCAUCCUGGAGGGGCACCUGGGGCUUGGAGAAGGAGGCAAGGACACUCCAGAGCUAGACGGCCCACCUGAUGCAGUUGCUGAGCCUGUCAGAGUGGUGGUCCUAGACUGCAGUGGUAUUACCUUUGCGGAUGCUGCUGGGGCCAGAGAGGUGGUACAGCUAGCCAGGCGAUGCCGAGAUGCCGGGAUCCACCUUCUCCUGGCUCAGUGUAAUGCCUCAGUGCUGGGGACACUGACCCAGGCAGGACUCUUGGACAGAGUGACCCCAGAGCAGCUGUUUGUGAGCGUCCAGGAUGCAGCUGCUCAUGCCCUGGAGAGACUGGAGCCUCCUGGCCCAAAGACGUGCACAGUGUGGGUCUGACCUGGUCAUUUGGAAUGUGGAGGGCCCCAACAAUAUGUGUGUGAA